GGCGCCUAGGAGUAGGUAACAGGCAAGCCUGUCGGCCGAUGGCCGUUUGACGUAUCGUUCGUCCGUUUCUUGUAGUUGUCUUUCAGCUAUCGGUAUUUGUUCUAUUAACAAGUGUUCUUACAGCAAUUGUAAUAAAUUCGGACGUCAAUAAUGGGAUCGAUGUGAUCAUGAUUCCUUUGGAGCCGCGCUAAGCGCGCCACGCGUUCCAUCGCGAUUUCACGCACCAAAAUACGAGUUACGGACUGAAAUAAAAUGGUUUUAUCGGGGUGAUGACAAAAAUCUUUCAUCGUGUCGCUCUCAGCGGCUUUCUCUGCACUUAGACAAUUAACAAAAAUAUAGAACUAUGCAACAAUGUGGAUUCUGCUCUAUAUUGUCCGGACUCUUACGGCGUGCCAUGUGUGUAGGCAGCCGGAGAGGGAGCAGUGAAUCCUACUACCGGGAGCUGGGAGACCAAGACACCCUGAAAAUUGAAGAUAAAUCGGAUAUUUCAGAUGACUCUGAAGAAACCACAAGGCAGGCGCUUCAGCACCGCCUCUCUAUCGACGCGUCUGAUGAAUUAGCUGGUAUGACCCAGAAGAAUCUCGCCACAGGCCGCUUCCUGACAAUGCACAAACGUCGGAGAAAGAGGCUCCUUACACGGUCGCUCUGCUAUAACAACGCUUUGCUUGAUGACCUGCACCAUGGUUUGGUUCAGUGCAUCCUGAGUCAGUCAGUGAUAUGGAGGUUCAAUGCAUUUGCCUUAGAAAACGUCUCUGGCGGUCGUUGCCUCCCGGUCCUCUGCGUCCACUUGUUCCACAUUUACGGCCUGAUGACUCACUUCCAAUUGGACGCGGCCAAGGCCUGGAAGCUGUUCAGCCUGAUUGAAGAAGGCUACCACAGCACCAACCCGUAUCACAACUCGAUCCAUGCGGCUGACGUCACCCAGGCGAUGCAUUGUUUCCUGCAGCAGAAACAGAUACGGGACCACCUGGAGCCUGUGGAGAUCAUGGCUUCGCUUAUUGCGGCAAUCGCACACGACAUGGACCAUCCAGGUGUGAACCAGCCGUUCCUGAUCGCCACCUCUAAUCAUCUGGCGGCGUUGUAUCAUAAUACAUCGGUCUUGGAGAACCAUCAUUGGCGUUCAGCCAUCAGCUGCCUGACGGAAAGCGGCAUCUUCGACCAGAUGAGCGACCUGCGCGUCAAGCUGGAGAACCAGAUCAGCUCCUUGAUCCUGGCCACGGAUAUCACCAGGCAGCAAGAGUAUCUCAGCCAGUUUAAGGGCCACAUGGACAAGAAUACCUUGGACUUAUCAAAACGCGAGCACCGGCACCUAGUUCUUCAAAUCGCGCUAAAAUGCGCUGACAUAUCAAACCCUUGCCGCCCUUGGGAAAUCAGCCGCAAGUGGAGCCUCAAGGUUUGCGAGGAGUUCUUCAGGCAAGGGGAUUACGAGAGGAAACUCAACCUGCCUGUGACGGCCCUGUGCGAUAGACACACCACGUCUAUUCCGAAGAUACAAACAGGGUUCUUCAAGUUCGUCGUGACACCUCUCAUAUCUGAAUGGCACCGCUUCUUGCAUAACGACUUAUCCACCCAAAUGCUUACGAACCUAUUAUACAAUCAAAACAAGUGGGAAAUGCUGGUGGCGCAAGAAAUAGCCGAGGAAACCGGCACGGAGAUAUCAGAUGCUGAUAUGGUGGAUGACGACCUGGAAACCAACAUCUCUGAUAGUUCCGAGAUGCUGCUGCCGCUGCGAAGGAGUUCAUUGAACCCGACCAAAUCCGACAAGGGGCUGAAGGAAAGUCUUCGCCGGUUCUCGGUUCCACUCAAUGUGUUCCAAGAUUCAAAGUUCAAGAGCAGGGAUAAGAGCCGCGCCUCUUCCAUUGCGGAGCCACGCAUUCGAGGCAGCUACAGCCCGCAAGGCAGCGAGCAUUCCAUUCACUCGCAGUUGAGCCUCCGCGGACAUUGCGAGCAUGGACUGACGGUAAUCGACAAGGUGCUUAGUACGGAAAAACUUUUGCCUGAUACUUCGAUAGCAUCGAUUACUACACCGAUACAGGCGACGAGGCUCAACACAGUGAUAAGGGACGGCGGAACUUGGAAACUGAUUCGACAACAGACGUUCCCGCCACUUGAGACAGCUGCGCGUGCGCUCGCUCUCUCCGUAAAGCCCCUCCAUACCAGCAACGAGGAUGCUAUAUAUCUUUCGCGUAAGACUGAGUUUAUAAGGAUCGAGAGAAAAGGGGAAAGAUUUAGUUUGUUCAAAAGGAAUGAUACCGAUAAGACUGAAAACGAUGACGCUUCUGAAAAUAAUAACGUAGGUGUUACUACUGAGUGUUCGCAUAAUUUAGAGAAAGAGAAUUUGAACCCGAAACCUAAAGGGGCUCGGCGUGAUUCGGGGGUUGGUUGUCAGUUGAGAGAUAACUUGCAGCUGGGCGCCUUGGCAUCGGACCAGCUGACGCGCCGCAGGAAAUCGAUGCCGGCUGAAAUAGUUGUUUUCACACCGAAAGAAAAGAAAAUGCGUGAGAUGACAGCCGCAUUGCCUCAGAUACUUCGCCGCACACUCUCGGGCAAGGAGUGCUGGACGCGACGACGUGGCUCCGCCCCCGCCCCAGUGGCGCCCUCUGAGCUCAGGGGACUUGCCUCUUUAGGCUCGAUCCGCCACAGCGUGAACGGCGGUCGCCGCAAACAGAACCCCAUAGUGGCCUGCCAGCAGUGGCUCUCGAAGACCACCUACUCGGUGCAGGAGAGGACGAUGCACCAGCUGCCGCGCCGCAGCUCCUUGCCCGUUGAGGUGCUGACAGGUAUUUAAUCCCCCUGAAGUGAUGAAGACAUCAGAAUCAAAAUAAACGCUCGCUUUAUAUAGUGGCGAACGGCUAUAAUGCCGUUCUUGUAAAUAAACGUGCUAAAAUAUUAAUUAUCGUAAUCUUAAUCUGUGGAUUGCAAAAGAAAAGUGACACAAACAUUGUGAUGUGAUAUAUUUGAAGUUACUGUUUGGAAAUCAAGUGAAUGUGUACUCUUACUGUAUGAACUGAUGUGUUGUGUACUGUUUGAAAAUCAAGUGAAAAUAUCAGGUGAUUUUUCAAAAAGGAUUAUAAAGUGAUGAGUUAUAAGUGACGCUGUACUUUACGGUGAAGUGUCGGGUAAGAAUAUUGUUCAUAUUGCGUAGUAAGGGUCAACAGCCUUAAAGGCAAACCCUUUGGCGUUUUUUGCCCAAAUGUCCGUAGUUCCAGUAUUCUCUUUGUAUUAUAUAAAUUCUAUUAUCAAAUGACAAUGUAGAUUACUUUAUUAUUGUAGUACAAAUUUAUUUACACUUAUUGGUAUGAAGGUUUAUUUUAAUGAUGAGCGUGUUUAUGAAUUAUGUUAUAAAUUGCCAUAUCAUUUAAUUAUACACGAUCUAAUUUCAUUUUGUGUUAGUUUAAAAUUUUACCAAAAAUGGCUAUUUGUUUUUCAUUUAAGUACCUAUUUUAUGUUUUCACGAAGGAAUAGAGUCUCACUAUCGUUAUUGUUUAGUAUUUCAAAUUAAAGUCAUUGAUUAUAAGAUUAAUUUAGUAGUCGCUCUUUUUGAGUGAAAUGUGUAUUGCGGUACAUUGUUUGUUUAGUUUUUAGUUUAAGGCAAAAGCAGUAUUACUUUACCUACACUUUAUUGGGCAAUAGCAUUGCAGCCCUUACCUAACAUUAAUUCGCUUGAAGUUAACGCUUACCCAAAGUUUUCAUUUGCUGUCAUAUUUUUUUUUAAACAAAAAUCUAUUGUAUUGGUAAUAAUUUUAGUUCAUAUUUGAGAAUUGUAACUUCGUUGAGCCUUAUAAUAUUCAAUAAGUGGUUCGCUUUUGUUUUCUUUAAUUCUUGAUCAUACCUUACCACGACUACAAAAAGGCUAGUAAGUGAAAUAUAAACUAUUUAAAUUUUUUGUUUAUCUUUAUAAUAAACAUCCAAUCAUACUAAAUAAGUACUAUGGCUAUGUUUGGUUAUGGUUUACCGUACUUUCUCGAUUUUUUAUAAAAAUGUUAUUUUAAUCACGAAGUGCUGCUAUGCUGACUACAGGAUGUCAUCAGAGAUAGAAUUCAAGAACACAUUUAUUUUGACUAAAAGGCAAGGUACCGUCUGGUUUUAGCGAGAUAAACGUAUAUAAUGGAGAGGAACUUGUUCACGAAUCAUAAUCAUAUGUAUCUUACUUAUAAGAAUCAAGACAAUUAUCUACAUUAAAUUACCUAAAAAAAAAGAAAAAAAAGUGCUUAUCUUAAAUUAAAAACGUAAAUUUGAUCUGGACUAUAAACUAAUUAUUUGAUACAAUUAUGCUUUAAUUAAUUUGAUAUUCAAUUUCUUUUAUUUAUUCAUAAGCAAUGUGCCGUAAUAAUGUACAUACAAUAUGUGUCUAGUGUCUGUAUAUAUCUGAUAAAAAGUAGUUCGAGUUAUCAAAAUGUUACAUAUCUCGGAUGAAAGAAUAAUCUGUUGUAAAUAAAAUGUUGCAAGAUAUUAAUAAGAUGUAAAAGAUUUGAGCAUCAAAUGUUCUGACAGCUAAAUAGAUAUCUACAUUUACGAAUAAGGCUUAUUUGAGGGAUAGAAGAGCUUAGUGUUGCGCGAAUAUUGAUCAGAGAGACAGCCAUAUUUUUUGACAAUUUUAGAGUCUACUAGAGAUCAGGCAGGUUUAAGUCAAGUGUACAGGUAUUGCGCAUCAUCUUCGUCCCGCACCAAGCUCAGAGUUUACAAAUAAGCCUUAAUUUCCACACUGACGUGUCAUAUGGGUUUGCGGUAACGUUCAUGAUAAAAAAAAUCACAAUGAUUGAGACUGAGUGUUAUUUUGAGAGCGCGUAGUUGGUUAAUGAUUACAGAGUGGUUUUGUUGCAAUUUUUGUUAAUGGCGGACAUUUGAACGGACUCUGAAGCCCGUGGCGACAGAACGCAUGCUAACGGGCGGUAAGUGACCAAGUCGCUUUCUUUGUUUGAAGCAAAUUUUUUACGCGAGUUGGCGAGACAGCUGUACAACUGAAAUUGUUGGCUCUCUAGUAACUACACGCGUAAUAUACAGUUGCAUCGCGUCCUGUCGUAACUAACUUAAGAGCAUACCUCACCAUACUGGAUGGAUUCAAAAUGACUAGGCUUGCAGUUAAUGAAGAAAGGAUAAAGUAUGUGUAAGGCUUUGACCUACACAUACUGCCGGCUUAGACAAAACAUUGGUCGAUAAUAGACAUAACACGAUGUCAUAUAUGUAUUACGACCAUGUCAACACACUAACCAUUUUAAUAAUAAUAGUUGUCAUUUUAAUGUUUUAGGUGGUUAAAAAAAUAAAAAGUAAAAAAAAGCAUCUGAUUGUACAAGCUAGAUAAAUCUGAGUAGUUCUGUUACUGCAAACCGUUACUCUUAAUACUACCAAAUCAAAUUAACUUGAUACAAGAAAUGAAUAAAUCUUUGAACGUACAUAACUAUCAUAUUAAGAUAGAUUUUACUGUCAUUCAAAACAUCUAGAUGUCGAGUUAAUUUGAUCCGAUAGCCUAAUCUUUUAAAUUAGAUUCAAUGUAACAUGGAUGUUAAAAUAUUAAUUAUUAUAACAAUUUUAAUCGUAAUUUUGCUGUACCAAUACAAGGAAGUCUAGUAAACAUUGGAUAAGGUCUUGUGGCAUUUAAGUCAAUCUAUUGCCGUUCAGAGAUAUUCAAAGUUCAGUGCGAUUUCGUUUGCAAAGUUUUACCAACAGUUAUCCGUACUUUUUGUUGUUUCUAAUUUAAUAUUUGUAAAUUUUUUCCAAGCAAAUUGUUUCCGAUUGAUGAUAAAAAGAUGGUUCAUGCAUGUAAAUGGAGUUGACCCAGCCAUCCGCCGGAUGUGAAACUCGUAAAAUACAGAUUUACGGGGCAGAGAAGAGCUAGUCACAACAAAUGUCACAUUUGACUGGAUAGGUUUAAUGAUGGAAUUGAUACGCAGAGAAAGUCACAGCCAGCCUAUAGAAGGAGGACCCCAAGUUAUAAGCCGUUCUCAUUGCCCGACUUUUAGAAUCUUGGCUAAAAAGAAAGAGCUGGUACAUUAAUAUUUGUCUUCGCCACUACACCGGCAUUCACGUGAUUAAAAACAAUGUCUUAAAUAAACCUGAACGGCUGUUGUGUGACAAGUGCCCAGUUGCAUACAGAACGAAAUGCAUAUAAGGGAAAAUUAUUUUUUUAACAUAAUUAUUUUUGUAAGUCGCUAAAUAGAUAUGGAGAUGAGAGAUUCAAUACAUUUACUGCCACGGUAUUAUUUGUGUAGAUUAGGAUUUUUGUUUUAAAUAAUAAAAAAUGUUCACUGGCUCAAUUUCAACGCAAAAGUUCAAUACAAAAACAAAAGGUUUCUUUAUUUCAAACACUUCUGAUGCAAUUUCAUAAAAGAAAUUUUUCAUUUUUGGUUUACGUUGAAAUGUAGUCUUAAAAUUAUUUAGCUGAAGUUUCUCAAAAAUAUUUAUACAGUUUUUGUCGAAUACGCACUAGUGGCAGUGAGUGCAUUGUAUGAAGUUGUUAGUAUAUUAAUGUUUAUGACGUGUUAAUAGGUGUAAAUAAUGUGUUAAAAUGUUCAUUAUAAUCGAAUCUCUAUUCAAUUCAUUAAGACCUUGUAAGUUAAGUUUGUUUUAUUUUGGGUGCUGGCGGGUUGAGUUUUGUUAUUAAGUAUGUAAAAUAUAUGGUUUUAUGAUAAUGUGAUAUUUUUGUUGUAUUCAUUAGAGUGCGUUUUCAUAUUAGAGCCGGAGGAAUAAAAAAUGUGUGAACAAUAAGCAUGCAUUCGCAUAAUAUUAAUUAUUGUGAUUGCUUCAAAUCAAACCGAUUCGUUUCUAUGGAAACGUACUUAAAAGGAAGUCUUUUAAUUAGGUAAUAUGAUUGCAUUAUUUGUAACUUGACAUGAAUAAAAUAAUAAUCGACAAGAUGCUUAAAAUUAAUUAUUUUUGGCAACUUAAUUAAGCACUUUUUAGUUGUAUUACACCUUACCCGCCUAACCUUGUCCGCCGCCAUGGCAAAGCGUACAUUAUAUUACAAGACAUUUUCAGUAUACCCAAUUAGUUAUCGUCUCAAAUUUUCAACAAUCAAAUCCGUACGCUUCGCAAGUGGGGCAGUAGUUUUAGAUAAAGGACUAUUCGAAAUACGCUUAAAAUAGUUUUAAACAUUACUAUUCUUCUUUGUAUUGUGUGAUAAGUAUAAGUCAUGUUCACAAAUGUUGUUCUAGAUAAAUUAUAUAUGAUAAGGUUAGUUUUAGAUAAGUUCUAAUGAAAAUGAGGUUGACUGCCAUAAAUAACCUUUUGCGAUGACCGUUGAGCGAAUAUUUUAAUUCGGAUUUUUCUGUUCUGAAAUAAUUGUUCCAUGUCUGUCUAUAUUCUUUUUUUUUUGUUUAUUUUUUCCCCUUUAAAAUAUUAUGCGUUAAAUGAAAAAUUUGGUAACUUUUGAUACCUAAACUUACAUUGUUUAUCUACUGCAUAUAAUUGUCAAAAUCUCAGUUGCACAAUCAACAUUGAUUCAUCUCUUAUCAAGACCUUAAAUUUCGCUGAACGGUUAUCACAACACCUAUUUUACAUCUUUAAAAGUCUAAAUUAUCGUAAUUAAUUUCAUUUAGUUUAGCGGAAACCGUGUGCUCAAUGAAUACGCCACAUAGUAUUAUAAAUCCAAUUUUUAGUCAAUCAUUUCACGUCUGCCUGUGCUUGUUUUUUUAACAUUUAAGACAGCAUAAUAAUCGUGGUUACUAUAUAGUUUUAAUUUUCAUCGUAUAUACAAAUUAUAUGGAGUUAAAUAUCGAGGUGGAUCUUUGGAAUCCUAGAUUUAGGUACACCGCCGUAAUCUUCGACAGAUUAAUUAUGUAAUAGUAAUUCAUGUUCUAAAUUUUAAGUGCUCGAUAGGGUAUUUCGUAUAUAUAUGUAUAUAUAUUUCGUUUGGUGUCUCGCUCAAAAAAGUCUAUCAUAAUAAUAAGAUUAAAUAUUUAUCAUCUUGAGUUUAAAGUGAAAAGAAGGAAGGAAUGUAAGACAAUGGAAAGACUCUCAUCGCUGAUUUUGAGAAAGAAACCAAAUGUAAUAAAAUAUCUUGUGAUUCGCAGAGUCGAGUGUACUUUAUCGUUGCUUAGGGUGGUCAAAUAAUUCUAUUUAUGACAAGUAUUAUAUCUCGUUUACAUGUAAUUUGGAAGAGGUGCUGGUCUGCUCUGAUAUUUGCGAUAAUCUUAAAUAUUCAAUUUGUGUCACAUUAUAACCGAUGUAGUUAUAAAAUGAUUUAAAUGUAUGUGUUCGUUAGGUUUAAUACAACAAAAGAACGAUUCAUUAUAAGAGAAAAUAUGUAUAAUGUAUUAUGAUAUGCAGAUUUCUUAAAGUUGAUCAACAAACUCGACAUAAAUAUUAUUAGUUUAGUAAAUGGGAUUAUUUAAACAUGGUUUAUUGAUGUUCAUGAUUUCCUUCAUGGCUAUCACAUUUAUUAUCGCCAACGAAGUUGACAAGAGUAUUCUUAAUUUCCUAGUCUCAGUGCUUACAAAGUACACAAGAUAUCUUUUAUUUAUUUUUUGUUUUAAUUGAUUUCAUAUUGAAUGAUGUGAGCACAUAUAUUCAGUUCUCGUUUUUAAUUUUAUCAAUCUAUUAUUUGAUAGUCUUAAACAACUAUCAAUGUAGAUUUCAAAAUAAAAUCAUAUUAAGUCUGCAAAAGAAUUGGUGGUACUGUUAACACAAGUACAUAUAUAGAUAGCACAAAAGUAGCUUUAUUUUGUUUAAGUUCGAUAUAAGCUGUGAGAGGCAAUCUAACAUAUUGAUAUUUUUAAUUUGAUUUAAAAUUUUACCGUUUAAGUGAAUCUGUGUUUAAGCCAAAUUGUAAUUAAUUAAAAAAGUACACAAGAAUUUGAGAAUCAGUUUUAAUCGCGAGAUAAGUUGAAAUCUCAAACGAAUCAAAUGUCUUUCAUCUGAAUAUGCAAAAUGACCCGUGGCGUGACAACAGGAAAAACGCAUAUAGUCACACUUGAAGUAAAGUAUUACAACUAAACACUAAACAAUAUACUAAAUAAACAUAGAUUCAGUAAAACGGUACAUUAAAAUAUGGAUUUGUGAGUUAGCGCGGCUUUGUCAGUAUGGAACGCCAUCUUUGAAGUACAAACAUAUGUAUCCCGUUCGAAGUAUAGAAUAACGAGAAGGCGGUAAAACAGAGAAAGUCGGCAUUAACGUCGCCUAGUUUUAUUGACAAACGUUUUAUUAUUAGACUCAUUAUCACAUGCACAAGUGCAUAUUUUUAUACAUGUAAUGAAUAUAUAUAGGUAAUACUUGGCCAUAAACCUACAUCAAGAACAAACAUAUUUUCUCAAAUCCAAGCGCAGCGCGUUCUUUUUUUAAUUUGUAUUACAUUUUUUUUUUGUUGAAGAAUGACAUGUUGUUACAUUUUACCGCCUUAAAUGCGUUUUGUCCAUUCAGCUAUAUCGAUGUGUUGGAUUAGAUUAAGAGACGUCUAACAACUUGUCAUUAUGAAGUGCAAUAUGUCGUACUUAAUUUUAUUUUUAAAUAAAUGUUUUUUUAAUCUCUUCA